GCUUUGGUAAGCUUUUGACAUAAUUUGCAAGCCGUAUAGAUUUUCCAUCCCCAAUCACUUUAAUUUUGCCUCUCUCCGCUCUCAGCUCUCUACUCUCUUUUGUUUCACAAUCCCUUCAAACAUAUAUACAGUUGUAAUACAUACGAUACGCAAUAAAAUAGCAAGAAAAAACGCAAUAAUAUUUAAUGGGGAGGCAGCCAUGCUGUGACAAGCUAGGAGUAAAGAGAGGGCCGUGGACGACGGAGGAAGACAAGAAGCUCAUAAAUUUUAUACUCACCAACGGCCAUUAUUGCUGGCGUGCGUUGCCGAACCUGGCCGGUCUCCGCCGCUGUGGGAAAAGCUGCCGCCUCCGAUGGACCAACUACCUCCGACCUGACUUGAAGAGAGGCCUUCUCUCUCACGAUGAAGAACAACUUGUCAUCGAUCUUCAUGCUCAUAUGGGCAAUAAGUGGUCUAAGAUAGCUUCAAGAUUACCCGGAAGAACUGAUAACGAAAUAAAAAACCAUUGGAAUACUCACAUCAAGAAAAAACUUGUCAAGAUGGGAAUCGACCCUGUGACCCAUCAAGCUCUAAACCAAGAACCUAACAACACCGAUGAUAACUCCAUGGAACCAAAGAGCAGCAGCACCAAAAACGUAGAGACAAAUGGAAUUACUAAAGAAAACGAAAGCAGCAGCACAGUUACUGGUCAAAACAGUUCCAUGGAUAGUGAAAGCCAUCUACUUAGUAACAUUUAUAAUGAUGAACAAUUGUUUAGUUACUUAUGGUCCGAUGAAACUACUAAAGCUGAGGAGACUGCUUGGAGUGAUGGUAACUAUGACAUUGGUGGAACAUUAUAUCCUGAUAGUAAUAUUUCCGGCGGAGGAGCAGAUUUUCCAAUAUGGCCACCGCAAAUAAACAAGGGAAAGAAUUGGACGUUUCAGGAUUCUUGCCAAGACUUUGGUGUUCAUGAUUUUGGGUUUUGACUUUUCACCAUGACAUAGGAAAAUGUCACAGGCAUUAAGUAGUACAUGUUUUAUGCAUACCUGGCUAGCACAUACAUAUAUGUUCACUAUAUAUAUUCAACUAUUAUUAAUUAGGGUUAUGGUGUACGUAGGGGUUCGUUAAAGUCAAGAAAAGAUAAGUUUAACUCUUCCUGUUUUGUAAAGUUGAUUAUUCAGAUGUUCACAAUUAUCAAGAAAUUUGUAUGAAUCCAACGUGAAUGCAUGUUUUUCUAUUUUGUUUUUAUCAUUAUAGUAUAAAUUUGUAUGCAUCUACUGAAUAAGA